AAUCAAAAGCAUACCACAAUGGGUCUUUCUAUCUCAAAAUUGUUGCAGGGGUUAUUCGGGAAGAAGGAGAUGAGGAUUUUGAUGGUCGGAUUGGACGCCGCUGGUAAGACCACCAUUCUCUACAAGCUCAAGCUCGGUGAGAUCGUCACCACUAUUCCUACAAUCGGUUUCAACGUCGAGACCGUCGAAUAUAAGAACAUCUCCUUCACCGUCUGGGACGUUGGAGGUCAAGACAAGAUCCGUCCUCUCUGGCGACACUACUUUCAAAACACCCAAGGUAUCAUCUUCGUUGUCGACUCCAACGACCGCGAGCGUGUUACCGAGGCCCGCGAAGAGUUGCAGCGUAUGCUCAACGAGGAUGAGUUGAGGGAUGCUCUUCUGUUGGUGUUUGCGAACAAGCAGGAUUUGCCUAAUGCUAUGUCUGCGGCGGAGAUUACGGAUAAGCUGGGCUUGCACAGUUUGAGGCAGAGGUUGUGGUAUAUUCAGGCUACUUGUGCGACGAGCGGUGAUGGUUUGUAUGAGGGUUUGGAGUGGUUGUCGACGAACUUGAGGAAGAAGCAGUAAACGCUCAGCGUUACGAAUCGAAUCGAAAGAAUCUCUUACCCCCACC